CAUCCCCACCCUAGUUUGAGUUUGUUUAGUAAAUCGAUCUAAUGACUGCGCUAUGGUGGCGCCAUCCAAUGUGUUGCUCCAUGAAUUAUAGGCCGCUCAGCUCUCCAACCUUCCCUUUUUAAUGUUGUCGAACACCUUUACCAUUUUCCCAUUCUCAGUGUCACUUAGGCUAAUGUGGCACUGAGGGGCUGCUCACUACCGGAGUGCAGCGGUAACACCUGGAUAAAUGCACAUCCCAGACAGAAACAGAAACACGGAGACUUGACAUUCAUAGAGCAUGCCUACAGAGUCGAGUCUGCCCGGUCCAGACGUCGUCAGCAGUAACUGUGCAAUCUGUGGUGACAAAGCCACAGGGAAACAUUAUGGAGCCUCCAGCUGUGAUGGCUGUAAAGGCUUCUUCAGACGCUCCAUACGCAAGAGCCAUGUCUACACGUGCAGGUUCAGCAGGCAGUGCAUUGUGGAUAAAGAUAAGAGGAACCAGUGUCGUUUCUGCAGGCUCAACAAAUGCUUCAGAGCUGGCAUGAAAAAAGAAGCUGUACAGAAUGAGAGAGAUCGGAUCAGCUCUCGAAGAAGCAUCCCUGACUCCCAAGACCUGCCACCCAUUACUAUUCUGGCCCAAGCGGAAUCACUGUCCCAACAGAUCACUGCCCCAGUUGUAAUAGCAGACAUAUCAGAGCAGAAAUCAGCCACUGUUGGGGAUGUGUGUGAUUCAAUGAGACAGCAGUUAUUGGUGUUGGUGGAGUGGGCCAAAUAUAUUCCUACCUUUGGAGAACUGCCGCUGGACGACCAGGUGAGCUUGCUCAGGGCUCACGCAGGUGAACACCUCUUGCUUGGGGUCGCCAAAAGGUCAAUGCCAUUCAAGGACUUCCUGCUUUUAGGUAACGGCUGUGUGAUACACAGAAACAGCCCUGAACCGGAGAUAUGUAGGGUAGCCAACCGAGUGCUGGAUGAGCUGGUCCAGCCCUUUCAGAAUAUUCAAAUAGAUGACAAUGAGUAUGCAGCGCUCAAGGCUAUUGUCUUCUUUGACCCAGAUGCAAAGUCUUUGAGGGACCCUUCGAAGAUCAAGGCCAUGCGUCUGCAGGUCCAGAUGAGUCUGGAGGACUACAUUAAUGACCGUCAGUAUGACUCCAGGGGUCGUUUUGGAGAGCUGCUACUCCUGUUGCCCACCCUGCAGAGCAUCACCUGGCAGAUGAUCGAACAGCUCCAGUUCAUUAAGCUCUGCGGCCUGGCCAAGAUAGACAACCUGCUGCAUGAGAUGUUGCUGGGAGGCUUAAUAUCAGAGCCCACACACCUACACCACCCAGCACACCCCCAACUGGCCCAGGACCCUAUGACUGGACACACACUGGUCAUCGGCACCAUGCCUGUCACUCACACUCCACAGAUUGCCUCUCCAGACACUCCCAUCCCAUCGCCCCCACAGGGUCCUGCACCCGAGAUGUAUAAACACUUUCCCCAGCCUCUUUGUCCUCCAGCCAGCCCCUCGCCUUCCUCGCAGACGGACCCCUGACUUCUCCCUGCACUGUGUUAAAGAACAGACAUGGGAUGAGCUUCUUUGCCCUGUUUUCAUCAUCUCAGCCAUAGUAUAAAACUUAUGAAAACAAUGUCUAGUCAGUGGUUAGACUUUACCCCGCAUCUCCCCCCUCUCUCCCUGCGAGGUGAUGCAACGAUAACUAAGACACUUUAAAAGUUCAAGAUGUCAGUUUCAAAUUAAGAGACCUAAUGACACACUACUGUUGGGUUUAACAAACAAAACACAGACAUGCAUUUUUGUGAUCACCUUCAACUAAUGUAUCAGUUUCCAAUUCAGGAUUCACUCACUCAGUUUUAAAACACUAUCAUGUCAGUAAGAUACAGCGCAUGCAAGUGAACAUGAUGUAAAUUAAAAUUAAAAACAAGAUAAAAUGAAAAAGGUGUGGACCAUCUCAGAUUGUCUGCAGAUCAAAGAUUUGUUUUGAAGUGUAGGUUUUAUUGAAUGUCUUGCUUGAUUUGUGCAGAAAAUGCAGUGCAUCUUUCUUCAAGUGCAAUUUAUCACCUGUGCAUAUCAAAUGGUCAGUUCUGAUAAUGUGUAAAUAUACAAAACACCAUCUUGUGGCCAAGGUCAAAAUUAUAAGAAUAGAAAUGUCAUUUAUAAAUAACUGAUAAAGACCUCAUGUUAAAUGCAAAAAGGAAAGUGGAUAAAUUAUAAUAUUUUAAUAACUUGCUGUAGAUAGUCAAG